AUGAUUAAUUUGAACAAGAGUUUUAAUAAUAAUGAAAUUGUUAUUAAUAAUUUAGAGAUGAAUAAAUAUAAUUACUAAUACAGGUGGAAUUUGUUGACGUAUUGCAUCUGGAUUCCUAUGGGGAAUUAUUACAAUUAUGAUAUUCCAACAUCGUUAUACAAUUCUUUUAAGAGUUAUUUGACUCCAAUACUCUCGGAUAAUCAAUUUGAAUUUUAUUAUGGAUUGCUGUUUAGCAUUACCUCCUUUGUUAACAUAUUCACUCCUUUCAUUAGCGGAAGUACUAUUUCAUCAAAUUAGUUAAGAAUUAAGAGAUUAAUAUGGAAAUAGAAUUGCCUUAUUCGUUUUGCUAUUUCUUGUCUCUCUAGGAUAAUUCAUCUUCAUACAAGGCUUCAUUCACUAUAACCUAUACUAUAUCAUUAUUGGUCGAAUCCUCAUCAGCAUAGGAAUUGAACCAUGUGGAGCCAUCCAAACUAGUCUGCUUUCUUCAUACUUCAAAUUCGAUCAUAUCGUAUAAUCAAAUCUCUUAUUAGGCCUUAGUUGUUGGCUUGUGUGAACUAUUUGCCUCAUUUGGAACCAUCUCGGUGAUGUAUUUCGCACCCAAACUAGCUGCUCAAUAUAAUCUGAUAUUUGCAAUAUAGAGUGGUAGCUUUGCAAUUGCAAUGAGUGUAGUAUGCUGCAUCAUCACUAUCGUCUACGAUCUGAAUGCAGAGUUUGUGGAAUAGGAGAAUUAAAUUUAAAAUGUUGAAGUAAAUAAGCAAAUGAAAACUUAAGACAACUUCCCAUUUAUAUAUUGGAUGAUCAUCCUCUACAACAUGUUGCUCUUUGGAUCUUUACUCACUUUUAGCAAUUUUUCUGUCGGGAUAUUGACUGAACGAUGGUAUGCAGAUGAUGAAUCCGCAGAAGAAAUGGCAGGUAAACUAAUGGCCAUUAUGUGGGCGAUAUCUUCUUUUCUCACUCCCGUGUUUGGUUACUUAAUUGACAAAUAUAAGAAUAGAGCCAUAUUUGUAAUCCUAUUGAAUAUCAUAGAAUAUUUGUGCGUCCUGUCUAGGUUGUAUGGGCUUGGUGUAGCUUUGGUAUUAUGCACCUUUUUUAGCAAUUAAUUUAUUGGGAAUUUCAUAUGCAAUUAUGUGUGCCAGUGUUUGGUCAAGCAUUGUAUACAUCAUUGACGAAGCGAGUCUGGGUACAGGUUAUGCCUAUCUAUUAUCUUCAUGCAAUUUCUUAUUGUCCAUUUUGCCUCUUACUAUUAGCUUGAUUAAAAUAAGAACGGCAAGCUUUUUCAUUUCAGUGAUGAUGUUGGCUGUCUUAAUUUUUAUUACGAUCUUACUUGGAAUUUACAUUUAUAUCCUAGAUAACUAAGAAAACAACAGUCUGGAUGGUAUAGUAAAACACACAAAUAAAUCAUAUGAUCAAUUAGAACAAGAUGAAAUUUGA